AUGUCAUCAGUAACAAAUAAACAAAGAGUUAGUUUUGGUUAUAAACAAACAAAUCGUCAAAGAAAUAAUAUGAAAUUACCACCACAGGACUUUAACAAUUAUGACGAUGAACCGUCUAUGAAUUUUAGUCAACUAAAUAGAAAACGACCACGAGAGUCACAUAGUCCGAAGUUCAAUAAAGCAAAAAAAUUAAAACAAGAUGAUAAUAAUACAGUUAAUUCAAAUUCUUCAAAUUUUCAUGUGUUAGAAAGUGAACUUUUAAAUCAUUAUUCUACAGCAAAACAACUUGAUUCUACCUAUACAUUAAAAUGGAAACUUUGCCAAGAUCUUUUUGCAAUGUUUAUUGGAAUUGUUCCAAAUUUAGGUGUUUAUUUAGUUGGAUCAAGUGCAAAUGGAUUUGCUACUGAAGAUACUGAUGCCGAUAUAUGUAUUGUUAUUUCAUCUUAUCCUAUUGAUCAAAAACGUGAAGCAGUUAAAUUUCUUGAAAUAGUUCGACGUGCAUUACGAAAAAAAAUAUUUGCUGGUUCAUGUGAUUUAAUACGUGCUCGUGUACCUAUUCUACGAUUUACUGAUUAUGCCACUCGAUUAAGAUGUGAUGUAAACAUUAAUAACUCAACUGGUAUUCGAAAUACAGAUCUAUUACGUUUUUAUUCAGAAACAGAUGAACGAGUGGCUCCACUUGGUAUUGCAAAACCAUCAGUUGUACCUGUUUGGCAAGCGCUUUUACCAAAUCGUUUUGAUGUUAAUAUACCUGUUUCCCGAUUAAAACGAACUGAUGAACCAAAAUUAAUUUGGAGCUCAGAAAAUCGUCAAACAGUAGCUGAAUUGUUUAUUGGUUUUUUAAAAUUCUAUGCAAAAGAUUUUCGAUAUGAUAAACAUGCUAUUAGCGUUCGUAUGGGCUGUUUGAUGGAUAAAGAAGAAUUUCUAGAUAAUGAUCAUACUCAUUAUGGAGAUGCCCUCUUGGCUAUUGAAGAACCAUUCGAUUUAUCUAAUACUGCUCGAUCAGUUUAUGAUGACGAUGAAUUUGAACGUAUAAUUCGUGUAUUUCGUCGAAGUUAUUUUACUAUCGAAAAAACUAAAACAUUCUCGUCAAUUCUCACUGAACAAUUUACUUAA